CGGCGGUUCACGCCCUAAUUGCUGCACGUACCUGGGUUAGAGCAACAUGACUGGGGCAUUACAAAGGCGACAUUAAUCCUCCGCUGUAUUAGAAAACGAAUAAGAUUUCUGGAGCUAAUAGCGGCUGCAGUGCAAGUCAUAGUUUCGAGACUAUUCCAGUAGUCAAUCCUCGCUCUCUUUCCCACUUCCUUAUUUUUCUCUUCUCCCUCUAUUUCUUUAUUCCUUAAUUAAUUAAACUUGAUGGAGACAGCCGAUAUCCCUUAAUUCCGCAUUUUUGGUGCCCUACGGAGCAUGAUCAGGUCCCCAUCUGAUGAUCACAUAUCUCGAUGAGCGAAGGGUACGCAUAGAUGAUGGAUGGUCAUUCAUUAAUUGAACAUUGAUGGAGGAUUACCGUACGGAGUGCUGUACAAUGCCCAAGCCUACCUUGCCUUCGGUACGGAGUACAGUACCAGACAAUUCAUGUUCAAGGAUUCCCAUGCGCGUCUCAAAUGGUUCGCGACGGCACUCUCUAUCUUGGUUAUGUGGUCGUCCAUCCAAUUUUUUUUUCUACCCUUUUCUUCCCAAUUUUUUCCUUCAGUUUCUUUUUUUAAUUGCGUUAUUGUUUUGAGCUUAACCACUUAGGAGGAUUUUUAUUUUUAAUUUUCCCAUUUGACUCAUCUUUGGUGGGUGGACGCACGGUUAGUACCAGGGAUCGUGGCCCGGAUAACAUCCAAAUGGACUCAAGCGUGACAAUCCGCUGAGGAUCUUCGGGGGUGCCAGUCAGCAUGGUUCCAUGGAUCAGACGACUCAACAUCUCGACCGAUUGAGUUGAGGUGCACAAAACGGAGCUAGAUGAAUAACAAUAGCAGUUGAUAUUAAGGUAAUGCUCUAAGUAUGUACUACAGUCCUCCAGCGCUGCUACUAGUACCUAAGCGGCCCAGUGUGGAUGAAUUUUCUCGCCUUCUGGACGAUUCG